AUGACGCAGUGGUGUACGCUCAAGAAAGCAUGCGACUGUCUGCGUACGACGCAAGAAAUUAUCACACGUGUGGCGCUUUUGUAUUUGCUAGUGGAAGGACUCAUGGGUGACCUGUUUCUACUGAUCGCACAAGAAGGAAUUAUUGGACGCUUGCAGUACACCGACGGACAGAAUGCAACUGCCAUUAAAAUUCAACUGGUUAUUCUGCACCAGUCACUUGGUAAAAUGGAGGCGGUACGUGUAGCUGAAACCACCUCGGAGUUCGAGUCCGAACGCCGGUCGGAGCCCCCACCUGAGCCUCCGUCACCACCAGAAAUCGUGGCGAUUGCAGACCUACUUGACGAGGAAAAUUGGUAG